GCAUAAAUCUACCCACCAGUUGACCCGUGCUCCAUUCUCCAUUGCGGAUACCCACCGGCCACCACCAAAUCUUCUCUCUCGUGGUCGUGGAGUCCAGCAAUGGAGCCCCUUCUUUCCGCGAUCAUGAGCGAUCUCCUGGGCAGAGCCCUUUCCGUGGUGAUACAGAGGUACGGGCCAUCCAAGGCAGAAGAGACGGAGCACAAGCUCCAGCGGCUGCGGCGCGUGCUGCUCCGGAUCGACGCCACGGUCGAGGAGGCCGAGGGGCGGCACAUCACCAACCAGGCGAUGCUCCGGCUGCUCGACAUGCUCAGGCAAGGCAUGUACGACGGCCACUACGUGCUAGAUACCAUCAGCUACAGAUGCCACGGCGAGGUGAGCAGCGGUGGCCGCGAUGUUGUCUUGUCCCGACUCAGUUCAGCCAAGCGUCUCCUCUCCUUCCCCGUCAGCAGCAGCAGCAGCAGAAGCAACCUGCAGAGCACCGUGCUCGACGCUGAAAGCCUGAAGAACAUGGAGAAGAUGCUCGACGGCCUUGAGACGCUGAUGGGCGACAUGGUGGAGUUCGCCGUGUUCCUGGAGGGGUACCCUCGCAUCCCCCGGCAGCCGUACAGCGAGCACUUGGUCCUUGACAAGGUCAUGUUCGGCAGGCAGAUGGAGAAGGAGGCGAUCAUCGAUUUCCUGCUCCGGCCAGAGGCUGCGGGCGACGGGAAUCCAGGGGUGCUUCCGAUCGUGGGCGCGGCGAGGAUCGGCAAGAGCACGCUAGUUGAGCAUGUCUGCCUCGACGAGAGGGUGCGCGGCCACUUCUCCUCGAUCGUCUUCUUCGGCGGAGACGACCUUGGCGCUGACAACAUGGCUGCUCUCGGACGAAGUGGUGUGAUCAAGCAUCAGGAUCUCACCGCCGCCUCCCGUGGGAGGUCACUUGCUGUCAUUGAACUAGCCGGGGACAUGGAGAUGGAAGAGGAGGCAUGGAGGAAUCUGUACUGCUCUGCAGCGAGAAGCAUGGGGCGCGGGGGCAGCAAGAUUAUAAUCACAAGCCGGUCGGAGAAGAUAGCAGCUCUUGGCACCGCGCCAGCUCUCAGACUGAAGUCUCUUACUCAAGAAGCUUACUGGUACUACUUCAAGACGCUCGCCUUCGGGAGCACGAACCCUGACGACCAACCAGAGCUCGCGUCACUAGCCAUGGAGAUCGCGGCGCUGCUGGACGACGGCACGUUCCUGGGAGGAAACAUAGUGGGGAGUUUGAUGAGAGCCAACCAGGACGUUCAGUUCUGGCGCAGGGUGCUCCAGUGCUCGAGAGAUUUCACGAGGAAGUACCUCCUCACGUAUGGGAAGCACCCGAAAGACCUCUUGGAGAGAGGGCAUCCCGUGUACGCUUGGAGCAUGGCGAGGAGCCAGCACGCCGUUGUGAUCUACAACAUUUACCAGGAGCGUACUAGGGAGCAGGGUGUCCCCGAGCUAACAGCACAUGAUAUCAUAGCUGGGCGUGCUCCGCUUCAGGGGAAGUUCAGAGUAGUUGGGUGGAGGUCUAGCAUACCCCCUUACCACACCUGCAUGUUCAGUUGUGCGUCGCAAACGGCCGGAUGCUCCACAGUCACAAAGAAGCGCCCUAGGAAGAUGAUGGUUUGACAUGAACUUGUUCGGGUAGUCUCAUACCAACAUGUAAUGCUUUUUAGUUGUAAAUGAAAUCCUUGUAAAGUUUGGACGUUGGAGUAGAGUAUUUGUUUACAGAAUAAAAAACUUACAGAAUAAAAAACUAGUCCAAUUAGCAUUAA